AUGGCGCCCAUGGAAGGCCACCACCAUCGUAGCACCACCAAGGUGUCGCAAAAGCCCUACAAAUCCCGCCAUGCCAGCAAGAGCGCGCUGAAAGAAAAGAGCAAGGGCAAAAUCGACAACGGCGACCGCGGCGUCCGGCGCACGCCGCACCAGCAGGUCAUGUCCAAGUUCGACCGGCGCAACCAGGCGAAGCAGAAGCGGGUGGGCAAGCAUGCGGAGCACGUCGAGGCGACCAAAGUGUUCGCGGGGCGCGACGGCGCGCCGCGCGUCGUGGCCGUGGUGCCGCUGACCGACGACGGCUCGGCCAGGCUGGCGGUGCGCAGCCUCAGCGGCGCGCUCGACCUGGCGACCGACGUCGACGUGCCCGAGCGCGGCGCGGUGCGCGUCACCGUCGAGCGCUUCAAGCAGAAGGUCCAGUACCUGCUCGUCGGCAGGGACCUGCUCGCCGCGCUGGACGCGUGCCGCGUGGCGGACUUCGUCGUCUUCGUCCUGUCGGCGGAGCAGGAGGUCGACCACCUGGGGGAGCUGAUGCUGAGGAGCGUCGAGAGUCAGGGCGUUUCGAACGUUUUGGCUGCCGUGCAGGGACUCGAGUCGGCCGAGCCUGCGAAGCGUCGCCCCCAGAUUCUUGGGUCGCUCAAGAGCUUCAUCACGCACUUCUUCCCGGCACAGGAGAAGGUGCACUCGCUCGACAACAGGCAGGAGUGCUUGAACCUCAUGAGGUCGCUCUGCACGAGUAUGCCGAAGGGCAUAAGAUGGAGGGAGGAGCGCAGCUGGAUGGUUGCGGAGGAUGUGAGAUGGCCGAGCGGCAAGGCCGCCGUGACCGAUGAGGAGGCGAAGGGAGAGGUUGUUAUUACUGGUGUUGUGCGAGGCAAGGGAUUGAAGGCCGACAGGUUGGUGGAGGUGGGAGACUGGGGGACUUUCCAGAUCGAGAAGAUCACCGCGGCUCCCCUUGAAACGCGUAAGAAGGGCAAGGGCGAUGAUAUGGCCGUCGAUCUGGAGGGCCAGGAUACCGUUUUGGACCAACCUACCGAGGAUCAAGACAACUUGGCCGAUCUUGCGCCAGAAGAGGCGGUCAUGGAGGAUAUUGACGACUAUCCGGUGUCUGUAGCGCCCUCCGAACGCAAGGGUGUCCUCCUGGACGACCAUCAUUAUUUCUCGGAAGAUGAGGAUGAGGAGGCGAUGCGGCCCAAGAGAAUGCCUAGAGGAACGUCCAAGUAUCAGGCAGCAUGGUAUCUUGGAGACAUGUCCGAUUCUGGGUCCGAUCUUGAGAGCGUUGCUGGAGAGGACGAGGACGAUGAGGAGAUGGAGGGGUCUGCCAACCCAGCCGAUGGCAUGGAGGGCCUUGAUAUCAACGGAAGGGAGCCGACUGAAGCUGCACCUUCAGAAUAUCCGCAGUCCGAAAUGUUCAUGGACCCGUCGCCCGAGGAUGAGGCUGAGCAGAUCGAAGCGUACCGCGCCGAGCGCAAGCAGGAGGCGGAAGAUGACCUCGAAUUCCCUGACGAAAUCGAAUUGCACCCGCACGUGCAAGCACGAGAGCGUCUGGCAAAGUACAGAGGCUUGAAGAGUUUGAGAUCGAGUCACUGGGAGACGGAGGAGGACAGACCAUACGAGCCGGAGUGCUGGAGGCGCCUUCUGGAGAUCUCCGACUACAAGGGCGCCAAGGCGCGUGUGACAAGAGAAGCCCUCGUGGGUGGUGUUCAGCCGGGCACCAGAGUCAAUGUGCACCUUCGCAACGUGCCCCUUGCACUUCACAACAAGUACAACUCAGCCAACACCUUGUCUCUUUUCUCGCUCCUGCGCCACGAGCACAAACGGACCGCUGUCAACUACAGCAUCACGCUCAGCUCCGAGCUCGAGGAGCCGCUCAAGGCCAAAGAGGAGCUUGUCCUACAAUGCGGUCCGAGACGGUUCAGAAUCAACCCGGUGUACUCGGCUUCUGGAAACACACCGAACGACGUUCACAAGUGCGAUAGAUUUUUGCAUCCUGGGCGUAGCGCAAUUGCUACGUUCAUCGCGCCAAUCACUUGGGGCUCUGUUCCCGCACUUUUCUUUAAGCGGGUUGUUCCAGAAGAUGAGGGAAGCGCAGACGGCGAGGACACGGCGAUGGAUGCUGAGGCUGACCAGACCAGUGAGGGCGAAGUGCAGCUCAUUGGCACUGGCACUUCGCUGCCUCCGUCGACGUCACGUGUCAUUGCCAAGCGCAUCAUCCUCACUGGCCACCCGUACAAGAUCCACAAGCGUGUGGUGACGGUGCGGUACAUGUUCUUCAAUUCGGAGGACGUGCAGUGGUUCAAGGCGCUGCAGCUGUGGACGAAGCGCGGGCGUAGCGGGUUUAUCAAGGAGAGCCUGGGCACGCACGGUUACUUCAAGGCGACGUUCGACGGGCGGAUCAACCCGCAGGACGCAGUGGGCGUCAGCUUGUACAAGCGUGUGUGGCCCCGGGAGGCGCGUGCACUCAAGGCGGGGGAGGCGCUGUGA